GCGGGGGCGGGCGCCGCCUGGGGCGCUCGCGGCCGGCCAGCGCGGAGAAGGCUGAGAGCGCGGAGCGGAGCGUGACAGCCUCGCCCCCGCUACCCACCCGGCAGCUCCCAGUGCGGCCGCAGACGGGUCCCGGGUCCCCGGGGCUUGCAGCCCCCCAGGCGGGAGGAGCGGCUCCGUGCAGCGCUGGGGCGAAGGGGAAAGAGUACAGCAGCCUCUGCCCUGCGGCUGAGUCUGGUCCCGGCCUUGCUGGGUGGGUCCCACAAAACGGGGGAGCUCCCCUCGGGCCAUGUUUGACAGCUUCCAGCCCUGGCUUAUUGGUUGAUGGGCACGUGCUUUGUAGGCUGCGCUUUGUUCGCCGGGCUAUUGAUUUAUUAGACCGCUGAUCGCCCCCCGGAGAAGCCCGGUGUUGAAGACAGGUGCCUCGUGAGUCGCAGACCUGAAUGGGUAAAAUCAUGCCUAAUCAACUCUGGAAAGAGUGGGUCAUCUACAUGGUCAUAAUGGCAAAUCUUUCUGAAGAAAAAGCCACAACGCAGGUGUGUCCUUCAUGUGAUGCCACUCAUUUCUGUGACUGUUCUUCAAUGAAUUUGAGCACCAUUCCUUCAGGGCUAACAACUGAUAUCACAGGGCUAAAUCUGUCCUGCAACAGCAUAAAAUAUGUCAGAGAAACUGAUCUGCUGGUGGGUGUGAAUCUGAGAGUGCUGCUGCUGCAAUUCAAUCAAAUUUGGACAAUAGAUAAGGAAUCAUUUAUUUUCCAAGGAAAAUUGGAACAUUUGGAUUUAUCAAAUAAUAAGUUGACUCACUUGUCACCCAUUUGGUUUAGACAUCUUUUUUCCUUACAGCACCUAAACAUACAGGGUAAUUUAUAUACAACACUGGGGGAGAAUCCCUUGUUUUCUAAACUCAAAAAUUUGAGAUAUCUGCACCUGGGGAAUAACAAUUCCUUCUCUGCUAUACAGAAGGAAGACUUUGAUGGCAUUACAGUUCUUGAGCAACUUGAGAUUGAUGGUCAAAGGCUCAGGCAAUAUGAGUCAGGGAGUUUGAUAACAGUUAACAUAAAUCAUAUCAUCAUAAACAUAAAUGAUGUCCAGGUGUUAUCGGUGAUGGUAGAAGAUUUUAUACAUUCUGCAAUAUGUGUAGAACUGAGAAAUAUAGCCUUCAAUACAGCUAAUGAAUCUUCAUUAUUGGAGCCAAUGAGUCAUUCUGUCAUGGAAAAAUUUGUGUUAAAAAAUGUUUUGUUUACAGAUGCAAGCAUUGACAAAAUGUUAAACAUCUUGGUGCAUGCUGAGCAAUUGUUGGAGCUGGAGCUGGACAACUCUAUACUGCAGGGAACAGGACACUGGCAUGAACCAAUUAAAAUAAAGAGAAAAAGCCCCAUGGAAAUCGUGACAAUACAGAGAUUAACUAUAGAAAAAUUUUAUUUGUUUUCAGAUCUUAGCAGUUUGAAAAAUCUUAUAGGUAACAUCACCAAAAUCACAGUUGUAAAUACUAAGGUGUUCUUGGUGCCUUGCAGCAUUUCAAGACAUUUUUCCUCACUCCUUUAUCUUGAUCUCAGUGAAAAUUUGCUUGCAGAUCCAAAUUUGGAACAUUCAUCCUGUAAGGGUGCAUGGCCCUUGCUGCAAACUUUCAAUUUAAGUCAAAAUACAUUGGGUGAUAUACAAAUGACGGGACGAAGUCUAUCUCAUCUAAAAUACCUUACUCACCUAGAUAUUAGCCAAAACAAUUUUGGUGAAAUUCCAGAAUUGUGUCAAUGGCCAGAAAACCUGAAAUAUUUAAAUAUCUCAGGCACUCAAAUACCCAAAUUAACAACGUGCAUUCCUCAAACUCUUGAAGUUUUGGAUGUUAGUAGUAAUAUCCUCAAUGAUUUUAGAUUAAAGCUACCACGUCUCAAAGAGCUCUACAUUGCAAAAAACAAAUUAAAGACCUUGCCAGAUGCUCCAUUUAUUCCUAACUUAGUAGCCCUGAGAAUCAGCAGAAACAAAUUAACCAGUUUCUCUAAGGAAGAAUUUGGAUCAUUUAGGAAAAUGGAGACACUGGAUGCAGGUGACAAUAAUUUCAUCUGCUCUUGUGAAUUUCUCUCCUUCAUUCAAUAUCAGGAGGGAAUAGCUAACGUCUUGGCUAACUGGCCAGAGAACUACAUCUGUGACUCUCCGUCUUCUGUGAGAGGGCAGCAGGUAAACGCUGCUCGGCUUUCGCUGUUUGAAUGUCACAGAACUUUGGCCGUGUCCUUAAUUUGCAUUCUGGUGGUCUUGGUAAUCUUGUCUAUUGUGAUCCUGGGCUACAAACUUCAUGUGAUCUGGUACAUGAAAAUGACCUGGGCUUGGCUUCAAGCUAAAAGGAAACCCAGGAAAUCACACAAUCAUGACUUCUGCUAUGAUGCUUUUGUUUCCUACAGUGAAAGAGACUCAGAAUGGGUUGAAAACUUAAUGGUACAGGAACUUGAGAAUGCUAUCCCCCCAUUUAAACUGUGCCUUCAUAAACGGGACUUUGUGCCUGGGAAGUGGAUCGUUGACAACAUCAUUGACUCCAUUGAAAAAAGUCAUAAAACUCUGUUUGUGCUGUCAGAGCACUUUGUGCAGAGCGAGUGGUGCAAGUAUGAGCUGGAGUUCUCGCACUUCCGUCUCUUUGAUGAGCAUAAUGAUGCAGCAAUUUUGAUCCUUUUGGAGCCCAUUCAGGAGCAAACAAUUCCCAAAAGAUUCUGUAAACUGAGGAAAAUAAUGAACACAAAGACCUACCUUGAAUGGCCUCUUGAUGAAGAUCAGCAACAGAUAUUUUGGUUUAAUUUGAAAAUAGCAUUAAAAUACUAGAAAAGGUCUGUCAAGACUGAGACAGUAAUGAGGCCACUAUAAGGGCCUUAUCCCCUUACAUUUGCAGGAUUAGGCUCCUAAAUUUCCCAGAAAGCUGAAAACACUGGAGUUUGUAUGUGGUGUUAUGAAAAGAGUUUUUAAUCUUUUUAUGUUUUGUUUUGGCCAUUUAUUGUCUCCACAUUUCAAUCUACAGUAAUGAAAUUUGUGUUAAGGAAAUAUAUGACUUGAGGACAGAAGAUUGUUUAGAGAUUUGUCCAUGUUGUCUCUGCAUACGUGUCUGUAAAAAGGCUGUGGUGUGAUAACAUGCAAAAUCUGGUGCAAUUCUGUAUUCUUUAUAUAAACGAGGGGUCGACAACCUUUCA